CAGCAGUGGUUUAUUCCAACAUGGACUCAUCUCCAUGUCCGCCUGCUCUAGACAUCACUGACAUUAUAGCAGAUGUAAGGAGUAAAAUUUUCAGAGAACUUUUCUUUCUUUUAUUUAGUCUAAAAAGCAUCAAAUCACAAAAAGUGUUGGACUGAUGAGACCAGAGUUAGAAUAAACCAGAUCUGUCAGAAGUUUCGUGCAGCUCAUGCUGUUAGUGGAACAACGAAAGUCUGCUGCCCAGUCCGGUUUUACACUCCUCCACUGCAGCUCUUCACCAUCAUGUGACCGGACUGAAGAGGAAGAGGAGUCAGAGGGGAAGAAGCAGAGGAAGACGAUGAUGAUGAAGAAAAUGACUGUGGUACUGCAGCGGUGUGACCCUGCUCUCCUGGAUGAAUGCGAUGAUCCGGAUCAGCUGGACUGCGUUGAAGCAGCCAGGAUGGAUCUCUACCUCACGGAAAGCCGACGUGUCCAGAAAGUUGUGUGGCGCCAGCUUUUUGUUCUGGACUCAAUGGUGGCUCUUUUGGAGGGUCAGGAGUCUGCACAGCAACUGAUGACACUGCCGUGCCCCCCACCCCCAGAUGGCAGCGCUCGGGCCAGGUGGAAGGCUCUGAAGGCGGAGAGCAGGGCUGGAGUGGAGGAGACGGAGGGUCUGUUCAAAUCUCUGGAGAGAAUCGAACAGAUACACGAGAGACGGCAAACACUCACACAGCUGGUUCAACGUCUGCACAACAAGAAGCAGCAGACCAAACAGCUGGUGGAGGCUCUUAAGAAGGCCAAGAAUGCAUUGCAGUCCUGUGAACACCAGCUGAUCCAGCUGAUGGCCGAGGCAGAGGCGGGGCUCGGUCGGCUGAUAGACUGGCAGCAGCUCAGAGACGAGCUGCAGGCGUACAUGUCUGCCGUACAAGACGUCAUGCAGAUCAACCUGCUGUCUUUUAACCAAUCAGAGCUGUGUGUGGAGCUCAGGCCACGCCCAACCUCCAGGAUGUCGUCCAAUGAGCUUGAGCCGCUGAGGCUGUCAAUCACCUGGAGCCAUGACGACCGCUUCAGACUGCAGGUAAACGAGGGGACGGCUGGUCUGGAGGAGGACUCCAUUGUGGGCAGACGCUCUGAGCUGAGCGCCGCCCUGCUGGAGGUGAUGCAGUGUUACGAGGGUCAGUUUGAGCUGCUGUCUGAGAUCCAGGGACUGAGAUCCAGUUUUGCCAUCGACUGGCGCCCCACGCAGCGUCUGCUGAUCUACUUGAAGUCUGCGUUGUUAGUGUGUCAUCUGGAGGUGGAGGAGGGAUACCCGAGCAGCGGACGAGCCCGGCUGCUGUCGGUACGAAGAGACGGACAACCUGUGGACACGUCUGAACUGAAGCCUUAUAAAAGUGAUCUCAGUCUGACUGACUGGCUGGUUUUUCUCUGCAGCAGUCCUCUCAUCUGAACAAAUAUCUCCUCCACCUUCCUCAUACUUUUAUCUCUUUGUCUUUCUGUUUUUACUCUUCCUCUUUGCUUCCUCCUCACAUGUUUUGGCGGUGUUGUCUACCUGUUAAAAAUUACCUUUAUAUGUGUGUAUUAAUAUUUUUGUCCAUGUAAAAGUCAGUGCCUAAUACAUCAAACUGUAAAUAAACAUUUU